AUGGGUCUUCAUACAACAGCGAGUACGGAACCUGAAAUGCGGAUUGCUACUCUCGACCAAGUUUCAGUAGUCCUGAGAAUGCCGAAUCAGCCGCUUCAUGCUUGUGCUGCUUGCAAGUCGCUAAGGAAGAAGUGCACCCCCCAGUGCGUGUUUUCUCCGUACUUUCCACCAAACGAGACAGAAAAGUGGACAACAGUCCAUCGUACAUUCGGUGCGAGCAACAUUUCGAAGAUAUUAACGACAGUACCGCCAGGGAAGAGAACGGCUGCAGCAAACAGUCUUAUAUUUGAAGCGGAAGCACGGCUGGCUGAUCCUGUCUACGGAACUUUGCAAGUCAUUCAUCGGUUGGGAAGCAGGCUGUCUAGCAUGGUUAAGGAGCUUCAAGCUGUCAGAGCCGAAAACGAAGAACUGCGACAGAAUCGCUCAUACACUCCUCGCUUCGCUCUCACGGAGUGCGCUGGGCGAUCGCCCAGUCGCCCUCAUAUCCAACCCGCCAUGCUUCGCGUGCGAACCUCCUCGUCGCUCUCCGACUCACAGUCGUCGCACCAAUCGUGGCGUGGAUGGCCCGCAGCCGCCUCGUCCGUGGCGCGCCGCCAUGCCACGUCGCUCCGCCGCACGCUGAGCGUCACGGCGCUGCCUCUGCUGCUCUUGGCGUACGUCGCGGUUCGGCUGACAAUCGCGCCGCAUUAUCGAAGCGCGCUGACUGAGCCCGGCUCGACGACGCGGAAGCCGCGGCGCGUGGAGGCGCUGCGAGUGUUCAUCGUGCCGCUCGACCCGGCCAUGAGCUUCGGGCUGCUCAAUUCGUCAUCACAGCUGUCGUUGAGCAUCCCCGCGCGCCUGGUGCCCACGUGGAACGGAGUCACCGGCAGCAACGUCCCCCUCCCGCCCUCCCUCGCGCUCACCCCCCCUGCAGCUGCCCCCCCAUUGCCCUCUGCUGCUGCGCUGGUGCAAGGCGAGGGGGGGGACGACCUGGGCACGGCAGAGGAGGGGAGCGGGGAGGAGAAGGAGGAGGAGAGGGUGAGCGUGCAGGUGGCAGCAUACGAAGCAGAGCCGCAUGUGUACGCAUACAGUGCUGAGUACUGGCUCACACUCUCACUCUUCACAGGGCUGCCGGCAGUGCGAGUGGUGGAGCAGCCCUCACAGGCGGACGCGCUCUUCCUGCCACUCUUCUCCUCGCUGCUGCUCCUCCGUAGUGGCCCCCCCAACGCGUCGGCCGCUGUGUCGCUGCGCACGCCCCCCGCCCUGCUCGACUCCGUGCUCUCCUAUGUGGCGUCGCUGCUGCAGCACCACCAGCCCGCACGAGCGCCCCUGCCGCUGCUGCUGCCUGCCGUGCAUGCGCAUGCGCUUGCGCCCGCCAAGCUGCAGCUCGCCUCCGCUCGCUUCUUCCUCGCCGACUUCCGCCACUCCAGCCCCCAGCACGCUGUGAUUGACUCUACUCCAAGGCCCCCUGUGUUCCCGCACCCGCUCCUCAUGCUCUCGCCCCUUCCUGCCUCCCGUUCCUCCCUCCCCUUCUCCCCCGUCCCCCAUGCCUCAUUGCCGUGUGCGUGUGGGUGCGGUGAGCAGGCGGUGAGUGUGGGCAAGGACGUGCUGGUGCCGCUGGCGUCGCCCGUGCCGCCGGUGCUGGACGACACAGGCGAGUGGGCCCACCGCCCCACCCUCGCCUUCUUCCACGGCCCCCCCCAGGUCAGCAGCGUGCGGGGCACCUUAGGCAGUAGCGAGAUGAAGAGAAGGGGGAUGGCAAGGGUGAGCUGGGAGGUGUAUGAGGAAGACAGAGCGACUUGUUGUCCGAUCACGAGUGCCUGUGUGCUUCUGCUCUCCGCAGGCUGUGCGUCUAGACUCGUGCGUUGGAGGCGCAUCGGAAGUGGGCACGCAGAUGCUGGCUGGGCAGGCAGCUGGGGUGCCAUGUGUGCACUGCGGUGCGGGGCACGUGUGUGCCUCCCUGCUCUACUCCAUGCCAUUGCAUCACAAGCCACCUCUUGCAUGCCCUCUCCCGUUUCCCCUCUCCUCUCCCCCCCCGCCCCCGCUCCUGCCCGUGCUGUGCAUGUGUGUGCCGUGCAGACGCAGGAGCGGGUGCGGCUGGCAGCGGUGCUGGCGGGCAGCAUGGACUUCGAGGUGACGGUGUGGGGCGACGUGCACAGCAACGAGCAGCACGCGCGGGAGAGGGCCAGGGAGCUGCACGGCAUGCGCACCGCCAAGUUCUGCCUCCUGCUGCCGGGUCAGCACAUCCCUCACACCCGCUCCUUGCCUCUGCACCUCACCCCAGUGCUCUCCCUUUCAUCCCCUUCCAUCCCCUUUCAUCCCCUUCCAUCCCUUGCCAUCCCCUUCCAUCCCCUGCCAUCCCUGCACUCCACUGCACCCGCCCCCGUCUGCUCAUGUGCGAUCCCCCCGUGCUGCCCUGCACGCAUGCGUGUGUGCCUGCGUUCCCAAGCUUGUGUACCCUGCGCCCCUGUGUGCAUGCAUGCCUGUGCCGCUGUGAGCACGAGCAGUACCGAGAGAGUGUGA